AUGUCAACCGCAAACGGUACCAGCAACAAUUUGGACAAGAUGUCCUUCCACGAACUCCGACAGGAAUGCAAAAAGUCAAAGAUUUCAGCAUCAGGCACUGCUGAAGCCCUUCGUAAGCGGCUGCGAAGCUCCAAGCAGACCCAAGGAAAUGCCAAUGCCAAGCGCCAGAAGACAUCGAUUGCAGAUGAGUUCAUCUGUGCCAUCAGCUUGGAGCUGCCCUGGGAUCCUGUCACCGCUGAGGACGGGCGUGUCUAUGAGCGUGAAUGUAUUGAGGAACACAUCAAGAAGAAUGAUGGGGAUCUCAAGUCUCCAAUCACUAAUGAAAAGAUGGGCAAUAAGCUCUUGCCAGCCAUCCAGGUGUGGAACGCGAUUGAGAAAUUGGUGGAAUCUGGUGUCAUCGAUGGAGAUUUGGCUGCCAAAUGGAUUGAGAAGGUGAAGCAGAAGAAGUCCAUGGAAGAGUUGUUGAAGGAGGCAGAAGGUGGAGAUGACAAUGCUAUGGUUUCUGUUGGAGGGAAGUUUUAUAAUGGUUGUGAUGGUUUCAAGCAAGACAAAGAGACAGCGUUUCGAUGGUACAAGAGAGCACACGAGGCUGGGAAUGUCCCAGGCACAGCUUUAAUGGGGCUGUGUUACUUGGGGGGUUGGGGUGUCACCUAG